AUGGACCAGUGGCUCCUUGACAAUAUUGAGCUACUCUUUCCCUGCUUACCUUUUCUCUGUUGCAUUAAUCCUGUCUUCUGUCUCUUGGAGAUUCAAGCGAUUUGGCAUCGGCCGAAGCCGCAACGAAAAUUCUCAAGAACCUCGGCUUAUCGGAUAUACGGCGGUGUCUUCAAGGCGGUUGACUUUAUUCUUCACCGUCGCUUUCUCACGGUGCUGCGGAAAAUGUUGCCAGUCUCUGAGAGUCGCGCUCCAGGCUCUCUCCAACGCACUAUGUGCCCUCUGGAAGAUCCGGCCCACCCAGUCUCCGAAACGAGUGUGCCACAUCUCACCACUGAAAUGGCUCUUCAUCAACCCACCAUGCUGAAUUUUCGAACCCAGCCCCCGUGGACUUUGAACUACUUGAUCCAGUGGGGAUGUUAA